UUGCUUACCAUGUUUAUUUUAGCGGUAUUUCUUAAUUAUAAACACUUAUUUACAUGUUUUAAUUAAAAAAAACUGAUUCUAUCAGUAAUAAUUUUUUUAUUUUUUGUUUUUUGCUGUUAUAUUGAAUUCUGGUCUCACUUUAUUAUCAGGUAGCAAAAUCCUAUAAUAAAAUAAAUAUGUAUGUUCAAGUGUGUUACAUGAAAUGUACCAAAACCAAAGCAAGUCACCCCCGAGAGAAAUAAAUGAAUAACAAAAGAUCUUGGGAAGAUUCAAAGAAGGUUUCCUGCGCCUGUAUUAACUGCAUGUAUGUAGUUAUCAAAACUGAGAGUAUGAUAGACGUUCAUGUACAAAUCUACCAUCGGAAGAACAUUGUAAUGGUGUUUUGCCUGCUCAAUACUUGAGUUAUAUUUAAGUGUAGAUAUAUUUUGGUAACACAGUAGGCAGAGAAAAGCAAUUACAUUUCUUUUAAGACGUUAAAUAUUAGAAAUCAUAUUUAAAGAGUACUGAAGUCCCUACAAUAUUUAUUUCUUCCGAUUUUUGUUACUAUUUCGUUUGAAAAUUGUUGCUCUUGUCUGUUGUGGAAUUUGUUAGGCCUUCUUUUCUACAUGGAUGGAAACCAAAUGGAAUAGAGUUUCUCUUCAUGAAGUGGCUUUUUUUAGGUUUAACUAACGGUAAACCUACAAGGGAGUGAUAAAUUGAUAAUUAUGUGUUAAGUUGCUAUAUGAAAUGUUUUUCCCUCCAGGAAAUGAUUGGAAUUCCUUUUUCUCCAAUACACUUCUACUGACUUUCACUUAUCAAUUUGUCAUUAUCGACUGACUUUAUCAUGUUUUACUUCCUUAGUUACUUCAGUUACAACAACAGAGCAAUAUUAUUUUCUCUACCACUGGUUAACUCUCUCUCUCACUCUCUCAUUCUGCAGAAAAGCAAAAAUAAAACUGCUUUGGUUGUCAAUUCCAAACCUUUGCUCCUCCCCUGCUGUCAACUGUUUUAUACCAACUCCUGCCCUUAUCCAACAGUCCUCCAUGGUCCGCCCACUUGAAAACUGAUUCAUUCUUAUUCUCUUUGCUCUUGGUAGUUAGUCUAACAGGCACACUAUUAUUCUUAUGCAAGCAUCUCAGAACAGAGCAACUCGUACUUUUAUGGACUUUGAUUCAAUUAGUCAAGCGAUGGAUGGAAUUUGUGGACUAUAUGAAAGGAAACUUAAGGCGAUCAAUCCAGCCAUCAGAAACCUCUCUUAUGAUAUUUCUGAUCUUUACAAUUUUAUUGACGGUCUUGCAGAUUUGAGUGCAUUAGUCUAUGAUCACUCAAUUCAGGCUUACCUUCCAUACGACCGUCAGUGGAUCAAACAUAAGACAUUACAGCACUUGGAGAAAUUGGCUGGUUGAUGAGUACUGCGUUCGGAUAAUCUCUAAUUGGAUUUCUCAAGAAGGCAGGAAGUGAAGAGUCAGAGUCUUGGUUGGAUUAGUAUUUCAAUCCUCAACUCACGUAUCUAAGCUUGUAUCUUAUGUUUUCUUCCCCUAUGAAAGAAGUACAAGAAACUUGUGGCAUACGAGUUUUAUUCACAUCAACUGUUGCUGAAAUUAGUCCGCUUCAUGUGUAAUACUCGUUUUACAAUUGUGAUAGGCAGAAUUUAUCUAGCAAAUUUUAUGGAAAGAAUUGAAAUUUUAUCGGUUGUGGCUUCA